UCUGAGGCUGCAUCUCUCGCCCACACUCAUUCACGCACCGAAAAAGGAAAUCGAUUUGAGAGCCCGGCUUUGUCCCUGAAAUGCGUAUUGAUCCGGGCAGGCUCUUUCCUUCCGGCCAUUGUCCCGCUCCGAGACUCGUUCCGUUUGUACCCCAGGCUGAACCGGACCGGGUUCGCAUCUCGCGUUCACCUUUUUGCGGAUGAGCAAGGCCUAGGACGUAGGGGAUGCCGAACAUGGGGCGGGGAAUUUCGAACAUGGGAGACAAGGAAUGCCGGGAAUGGGGCAGGCUGGAGACGCGCUUAUCGGCCGAGCUGCACAAAAGGCGCCGUCCCAGGCGUCUAACUUCCCACCGAGUCUCUGUGCUUUCGACCAUCGUCGACUUUUCCCCUCCCUCUUUCCUACUCCCCAGCCAUACAACGCACCCCAUCAGUCAUGUCCCUCGAGAACAACCGCACGCUUGACAUCCUCCGCAAGGCGGAGAAGGGGGGCUAUGGUAUCCUCGCACAGAGCGUUUAUGACACCAACAUGGUCAUCGCCCUCGUCCGUGCCGCCGAGCAGGCGCGCAGCCCCGCCAUCAUCCAGAUGUUCCCGAUCACCCUCGCCUAUGGCAAGGGCCCCUUCCUCCAGUUCUGCCUCGACGCCGCCCAUCAAGCCUCCGUCCCCAUCUCCGUCCACCUCGACCACGCCACCGAUGCCGAGCACAUGGAGCUCGCCCUCGGGCUUGCCGAAAAGCACGGCAUCAAGUUCGACAGCAUCAUGUGCGACGCCUCGCACGCCGACACGGACGAGGAGAACAUCGCGAUCACGCGCCCGUACGUCGAGCGCGCGCACAAGCUCGGCAUCGCCAUCGAGGUCGAGCUGGGCCGCUUGGAGGGCGGCGAGGCGGGGCUGCGCGUGAUCUCGGACGCGAAGCUGACAGAGCCGGGGAAGGCGGACGCGUUCAUGCGCGGGACGGGCGCGGACAUUCUGGCGCCGAGUAUUGGGAACUUGCAUGGGUCGUACAUCAACCCGCCGAAUUUCAAGCAGGAGAUCCUCAUCGCAUUGCGCGAGAAGUUCGCAGGGCGGGUUCCGAUAUGCCUGCACGGGACGGAUGAGCUUCCGGACUCGCUGUUCCAGGAGUGCGUCAAGAACGGCGUGAGCAAGUUCAACGUCAACUCCUGGGCCCGCGACCCCUACGCCAAGGCGCUCGGGACCGCGCUCCUCAGCAAGCCCUUCCCGGACGCCGUCGACGAGGCGACGGACGCGUUCGUUACUGUUUGCCUCCGGUUUUUCAAGCUUUUCAACAGCGAGGGGCGGGCAUAGGUGGCUUAUUCCUGAGAUGAUCAAGUGUAGUACUUGUGCAAUUAUUUAAGACUAUGUACAAUGGGAAAAGUGUAGUUCGACAAUUCCCAAAUUGUAUUCUGAAAGCAUCCACAAAACACUGAAGAUUCUUGA